AGAGUCUUUACAGGAGCGACAGCGUUUCCAAUUGUUUUCGAAAAUUUUCAAAAUUUGUUUCUUUAAUAAUUAAAUAAUUACAGUACUUCAGAGAAUACUAUAAGUUGACGUAUUUUGAUUACAUUUCAUGGCAUUUGACUUCAGAUGUAGCACGUGAUGACGUUAGCCAUCAUGCUUGUUUCUUCGCUGCUUGUUUUCUUCGUCAUAACCUUAAAAUUUUAUCAAGUCACAUGUCGCAUGAUCGCGGUAACUGCAAGGAUGCACAUCUGUUGUAAUUAGAAAGUGAUGAAAAAAUAGUUAUUACAUUCAAUGAAAAAAUUUGUUUUUUUUUUAACAUAAGAGUAAUUUUAUAGUUUAACAUUUAGACGAAAUAUAAUUAAAUUGUGAAGCUAUCACAUGCUUUUUGAUGAGGAAAAAUGUCAUCGAUAGAUAGCAAAAACAUUCAGGCUAUAGGCCGUGUAUUAAACGACGAGAAUCGUCCUCUUAAAGAAAGAUUUCGAGCCCUUUUUACGUUGAAAAACAUUGGUGGUGACUUGUGUAUAGAACAAAUAAAAAAUUGUUUCAAGGAUUCAUCUGCACUGCUGAAACAUGAACUCGCGUACUGUCUUGGCCAAAUGCAAGACUCCAGAGCCAUUCCUGUGCUCGUUGAAGUUUUGAAAGACAGAAUACAAGAACCUAUGGUGCGCCACGAAGCAGGCGAAGCCCUUGGUGCAAUUGGAGAUGUUCAAGUCAUUCCCAUUUUGGAAGAAUACAGCAAAGAUUCAGUGACCGAAGUAGCAGAGACAUGUCAAUUGGCACUUGAACGCAUAAAAUGGCUUGAGAAAUCAAAAAGUUCGUCUGAAGAAUUGCCUGAGAAUCCGUAUGCUUCUGUUGAUCCAGCACCACCAGUAGGAAUCACAAAAGUCAGCAUUCUCAAAGAAACAUUGCUUGACGAAAAUGCACCACUAUUUGAUCGUUAUCGAGCUAUGUUUGCUCUUCGAAAUUUGAGAACAGAAGAAAGCGUGCUUGCAUUGGCUGCAGGACUCAAAGCUGGCAGUGCUUUGUUCAGGCACGAAAUCGCAUUUGUACUCGGUCAACUACAAGAGAGUAUAACAGUGCCAUAUCUUCGUGAAUCGCUCGAAGAUCCUGAGGAGAACGAGAUGGUGAGGCACGAGUGCGCGGAGGCUCUGGGUUCGAUAGCACAUCCAGACUGCGCAAAGAUUCUCAAUGAUUAUGUCAACGAUGAAAAACGCGUUGUUCGUGAGAGUUGCAUCAUAGCUCUUGAUAUGUGUGAAUACGAGAACAGCCCAGAAUUUCAAUACGCCAAUACGUUAAAUCAGAUAUCGAGUCAUUAAUAAUUCUCGCAACAUUUCACUAAGAAUAUUUGAAAAAUCUUGGGAUACACACAAUUUAUGCUUUUGAUAGCAUUCCACGAAUUCUUGCUAUCUCAGAAUGUGACAGUGAAUUAAAAAUGCUUUUAUACUUCUUAUAAUUGGUUUCUCAACAGAAGCAUCGAGAUAUUUCGUAAUUUAAAAAAAUUUAAAUGAAGUUGUAUACUUAUUUUAUAAAUUAAUAAACACAUCAAAAUAAAA